AUGUACGGAUUUCAUGAAGUCUACAAUGGUUAUGGAUGUUUUUGUGGUAAAGGAGGUUCUGGCACGCCAGUUGAUAGUAUCGACCGAUGCUGCAAAACUCACGAUGACUGUUAUGAUGAAGCCAGAGUUAGCAAGAAAUGUGGUAGGAUAGACCUGUACAUGGAUAUGUAUGACUGGAAGUGCAGCAAUAAAAAAGCUAUUUGCCAAGGGAAAACAGAAUGUGAAAAGGCUCUUUGCGCAUGCGAUACCGCUGCUGUUCGCUGCUGGGCCCGUUACGCAAAGCCAAAAUGGAAGAAAGCUUGCCGUAAGCUUGCAGAGUUUCCAGUGGAAUAA